CAAAUCAAAAAUUAUCGCGUGCAUAUAAAUUCUCCAAAUGUAGAAAUCUUCAAGAAGUGUCACAAGAACUUCAAUAGGUGUUUGAAUAUUUAAUGGUAACGUUGGAGAAGGAGGUCUCAGUAAAGUAUGUGUUUAUCCGCAACGAAGGGGAUAUUCAUCUAUGUCCUUUGAACUCCCCCAUACAGAAGUUGGUAUCACCUGGACUUAUGCAAAUCAAUCUCGUCUCAUAGGUGACGUUGUACACACAAUUAUACGGUCAAAAUGGCCGCCAGAGACACUUUCUUCCAAACUUAACAAAACAAAAUAACUUCGUAAUCGUCGGAUGGAAUGGUAUUUACCAGGUGGAGUUGCACAGUCUAGAACUUUAAACAGUAUAGAGAAAGCUUAGCCCUACCAAAAGUCGUGACGUUUUGUAACUUAUUCAUAUUUGGAGUCUGUACAUGGCCGAUGUUGAACCGGCAAAGACCGCGGCCAACGGGCCGACGGCCGGCCCGGGACAUCACCGCCUGAAGGCGACUGCAAAGCGGAAUCCCGGCAGUGCGGACCCGAAGAACAAGUCUCGUCUGGCGGCGUUGGCACCGGGAGAAAAUCUGAAAGAAAGACAGCAAAAGCUCAAGGAGGAGAAGGAGGCAAAGCGUGCUCACCUGGACUCCCGCCAUGAGUUCAUCAUCGAUGCCACGGCAGCCAGCCUCAAUCUGGACAAGACUGAGGUGGAAGAUGCCAUCUUGGAGGGUAACACGAUCGAGAAGAUGGAUAAAUUCUUUGACACUGAAGCCUCCAGCCAUCUGAUGUUCUUUUAUCAGGAGACGGAUGUUGGCCCAGAGACAGGUGGUAAACAUCCAUGGAUGCAAGAUGGAGGGACGGGAGAGCCAAUGCGAUUGGGUCCAGCCAGCAUCAAGUCAGGCAAGACAGGCAAGCCCAAGCUCUUUGUAACGGAUGGAGUAGAGGCACCGCUGUGCGGAAUCUGUGUCUUCUUUCUACGCGCCAACCCGAGCAAGCCCAUCACGUCAGAUAACGUCCACAAAGACCUGAUCUUCACAUCCAUGGACACCGGCGGGAUUGGCCUGCUCCAGGCCAUAGAGAGAUACCUGGGAGAUAUCUUCUUGCCAUUCCUGAAGGGAAACCAGAAUGGUUGGGGUCAGCUUGGGUCACAGGCCAAUCAGGGUACACGGAAAGAGUUCCUCCAAUCUCUGGAUGCCUUUGUAACCAUCCUGAACGCCGCCCAAGAUUCCUUGGAGGAGAGAGUAGAGCUGCGUAAGUGUGAGACCUACGAUUUGAGCAAGUUGACCAAGGCCUCCGACUACAUCACGGUGGCUAACAGCACCCAGGAUCUGGAGAUGAUUGAGGGCAUCAUGGCAGUCUGGAUCAAACAGAUUGAACAAGUCUUGACCGAAAGCGAACAAAUGCGCAAGGAGGCAGACAACAUUGGACCCCGGGCGGAGCUGGAGCAUUGGAAGAAGAGGAUGGCUCGUUUCAACUACCUCCUGGAGCAGCUGAAGGCACCGGAGGUCAAGGGGGUUUUGGGGGUGCUGCAGGCUGCCAAGAGUCGCUCCAUAAAGACCUGGAUGGAUCUUGAUCGACGUAUCACUGAUGCCGCCAACGAAGCCAAGGACAACGUGAAAUUCCUGUACACACUGGAUAAAUUCUGUGAUCCCCUGUACAACAGUGAUCCUAGUGGAAUGAUUGAAACCAUCCCAGGACUGAUCAAUGCCAUUCGCAUGAUCCACAGCAUAUCAAGAUUCUACAACACUUCUGAAAGGAUGACCUCACUGUUUGUGAAGGUGACCAACCAAAUGAUCACGUCCUGCAAAGCCUACAUCAGCGAGAAGGGCACCAUGAACGUCUGGGACCAGCCCACGGAGGAGCUGAUCCCUAAGCUCAAGGCUUGCAUCCACCUCAACCGCGAGUACCAGCGUCACUUCCAGCGCACCAAGCAGAAGCUGGAGACCAUGCCCAACGAGCGGCAGUUUGAGUUCUCCGAGAUGUACAUCUUCGGCAAGUUUGACACCUUCCAGCGUCGCCUGCAGAAGAUCAUCGACAUGUUUGACACCAUGGAGAUGUACUCUCACCUGGCUGAGACUAGGAUUGAGGGAAUGGAAAUCAUGGCCAACAAGUUUAUGGUGAUCUACACGUCCAUGAAGAAGAAACCCUAUGAUCUGUUGGACCAACGCAAGACUGAUUAUGAUAACGACUACCAAGACUUCAAGAGGAGCAUUGGGGAGCUACAUGCACAAAUUAAAUCUUUUAUGGACGCUACUUUUGACAAGAUCUACAACGUGCUCAGGGCCCUUCAGGUCAUGAAGAAGUUUGAGAGAAUAACCAUUCCUGGCCUUGGUAUUACCGAAAAGUAUGCCCUAAUCCUCUCCCGCUACGGCCGUGAGAUCGAGAACACCUCCCGCAACUACCAGCGGCACAAGAACGAGCCGCCGGUGGCCCGCGACCUGCCCCCGAUAGCAGGCAAGAUCACCUGGGCACGCCAGAUGUUCCAGCGUAUCCAGGAACCCAUGGAAGUCUUCCAGACCAUGCCCCACCUCCUGCAAGGGGCGGAGGCCAAGCGUAUCAUCAAGAACUACAACAAACUGGCCAAGGUGCUGAUGGAGUUUGAGGUCUUGUAUCACCGGGCGUGGCUCAGACAGGUUGAAGCCAUUAAGUCCGGCCUCCACGCCUCCCUGCUGGUCCGCCACCCAGAGACCAACGAGCUCUUUGUGAACUUUGACCCCCAGAUCCUGACCCUGAUCCGAGAGACAGAGUGCAUGAGCCGCCUAGGGUUGGACAUUCCUCUGGCGGCCAGAGCCAUCCGCCAGAAACAGGGAACCUUCAAGGAGCACUACAACAAGUUACAGUUACUGAUGGAAGAGAACAAGCGAGUGCGUGCCAAGAUCCAGCCUGCCUUUGAGUCCCUGAUGGUGCCACAUAUCAACAAGCUGGACAGCGUGGUGGAGCCAGGGUUGACCAUGCUGUCCUGGACUAGCAUGAACAUUGACGGCUACAUAGACACCGUCUACGAGUCAUUAGGUGAGCUGGAGCUCUUGAUGGACCGAGUCAACGACCUUUGUCAGUUCCGCAUCAACGCCGUCCUGUAUGACAUGAGCACCACCCUGCUCUGUGAGCUCCCUGAAGAGGAACCCUGGACUAUUGACCAGUUCCUGCAGAACACACAGGAUUUGUGUAACCGUGGGGCCAUCACCAUACAGAACAAGAGCACCCAGGUUGAGGAGGCGGCCAGUGAGCUCAUCAAUAUGCUAAUGAGCUACGAAGAGGAGAAGGAGGCAGAGGAAGAUGAGGAAGACGAAAAGGAGAAGGACGUCACUGAAGAGAAUGGUGAGAAGCUUCACACCAGCCCCACUCCUUCCCGUCUGAGUGCUCGCAGCCAGUCCCGCAGUCUGGGAAGCGGUGGGGUUCGUUCCCGGGCCCACUCAGCCGCGGCUGCCAACGUAGCCAAGCGCAAGCGGGAGAUGCAGGAGAACCUGGAGGAAGCAGCCCAGGAGCUGCUGGCCCACUUCAACCACCGCAACCUGGACGCCCUGCUCAAAGUGACACGGCAGACGCUAGACUCCAUCCGCAAGAGGGUGACCAGCAGCUCUAUUAUGAACUACAUUGACCUGCAGCGCAGCGACGUCCAGAAGAAGGACAGCCCCUUCUUCCGUUGCAACGUGACCCUGUCCAUCCCCAACAUCAUCAUGCAGCCUGCCCUUGACGAAGUCCAGCAGGCAGUCAAUAAGGCCGCUCAGCUGGUGUUGGGCGUGUCCAAGGGAGUGGCCCAGUGGAACAAGGAACGCAAGUCAAAGGCUAAGCAAGAGGCUGAUCUACGAGCCAUGGCUUUGGGUGACCAAGGACGACGCAGCAGCAUCUCCAGCAUGGCUGCAUCUGAGAGCUCCCGCAGUGACAUUGUGUCUCGCAAAGGAGGCCGUCCAGAAGACGCCCCCGUCCAAGCCAUCACUCCCCAGAUCCCGGCCAAGAACUACUUCAAGAGCGUCAGCGAGAACAAGGAAAUUGCCAAGCUGGUGUCUCUGCUGUCUACCUGUGUCAACUCCACCAAGAAGGAGGUGACCACGGCUCUGGAGCGCUUUGCCCACUACCACCCCAUCUGGCAGAAGGAGCGCAACGAGACGCUGGAGGAGUUCCUGGCCGCAGGACCCAAGCUCAGCGACUUCCAGGCCAUGCUGGUCCACUAUCGUGACCUGGAGGCCCAGAUCACGGCCGAACCCGAGUUCUAUAAUGUCGGCGCCAUUGCCCUCUUCACAGAGAACCUGAAGCUGGCCUUGACCACAGAGACCCACGCCUGGCAGCUGGCCUACAGCCGUGCCUGCAACGACAAGUACCGCACCAUGAUGGAGGACAUCUUUGACUUCAUCGAGGAGGUCAACAAGAGGCUAAACCGUCCCAUCAAGGACCUGGAUGACAUCCGCCUGGUCAUGCAGUCUCUCAAGGAGGUCCGGGAGAACGAGAUCCGCAUCGAUAUGGAGAUAGGACCCAUUGAGGAAUCCUACGCCCUCCUCAACAGGUAUGAGUUGUUGACGGCAAAGGAGGAUGCGGAGAAGGUGGACACUUUGCGCUACUCCUGGGAGCGGGUGGCGGCCCAGGCUGUGGAGAUGUCCCACCACCUGCUGCAGAUCCAGCCCGAGUUCCGCGGCGGGCUGCUCAGCAAUGUGGAAGAAUUCAUCACUGACUGCAGCGACUUCUACCAAGAUUAUCAUGAUAGUGGUCCCAUGGUCACUGGUAUCCCGCCCAAGGAAGCCAGUGACCGGCUGGUCAUCUACCAGAACCGUUUUGACACCCUGUACCGCAAGUUCAUCACCUACACCGGAGGGGAGGAGCUCUUUGGCCUUCCCGUCACCGAGUACCCGGAGCUUCUCCAGAUCAAGAAAGAGCUGAACCUCCUGCAGAAGCUCUAUGGGCUGUACAACGACGUCAUCGACCGCGUCAACGGCUAUUACGACAUCCUCUGGGCAGACGUUGACAUCGAGAAGAUCAACCAGGAGCUGAUUGAGUUCCAGAACAGAUGUCGUAAGCUCCCUCGUGCACUGAAGGAGUGGCCGGCCUUCAAUGACCUCAAGAACACUAUCGACGACUUCAAUGAGACCUGCCCGCUGCUGGAGCUGAUGACCAACAAAGCCAUGAAGCCUCGUCAUUGGCAGCGCAUGGCCGAGACCACCGGCCAUGUCUUUGAGGUGGAGAGCGAGACCUUCUGCCUCCGCAACAUCAUGGAGGCACCGCUGCUGCAGUGCAAGGAGGAUAUUGAGGAUAUCUGCAUCUCGGCUGUCAAGGAGAAGGACAUCGAGGCCAAGCUCAAGGCGACCAUUGCCGAAUGGAGCGCUCGGGAGCUCAUCUUUGCCAACUUCAAGAACCGAGGGGAGCUCCUCCUAAGAGGCGACAACAUCACCGAGGUCAUCAGCUUCAUGGAGGAUAGUCUGAUGGUGCUGGGCUCCCUACUCAGUAAUAGGUACAAUGCUCCUUUCAAGAAGACCAUUCAACAGUGGGUGCAGAAUUUAUCCAACACCAGCGAGAUCAUUGAACAGUGGAUGCAAGUGCAGAACCUCUGGGUUUACUUGGAGGCUGUGUUUGUGGGCGGGGACAUCGCCAAACAGCUGCCAAAGGAAGCCAAACGCUUUUCUAACAUUGACAAGUCCUGGGUGAAGAUCAUGGUGCGUGCCCACGAGAACACCAACGUAGUCCAGUGCUGUGUCGGUGAUGAGUUUAUGGGACAGCUGCUACCUCACCUACUAGAGCAGUUGGAACUCUGCCAGAAGUCACUGACUGGUUACCUGGAGAAGAAACGACUCCUGUUCCCCCGCUUCUUCUUUGUUUCGGAUCCAGCCCUCUUGGAGAUCCUGGGCCAGGCCUCAGACUCCCAUACCAUCCAGGCCCAUCUCCUCAGCAUCUUUGACAACACCAAGACCGUCAAGUUCCACGAGAAGAACUACGACCAGAUCCUGGCCAUCAUCUCCUCGGAAGGCGAGACCAUCGAGCUGGAGAAGCCAAUUAAGGCGGAGGGCAACGUGGAGAUCUGGCUGAUGAAUCUGAUGAUGAUGUCACAGCGGUCAGUUCAUGGUGUGAUCCGCACUGCCGCCAUGGCCGUCCAAGAUUCCAGCUUCAAUCUCAUUGAGUUCCUGAAUUCCUAUCCUGCACAGGUGGGUCUGCUGGGCAUUCAGAUGAUCUGGACCCGCGACGCCCAAGAGGCUCUGGUCAAUGCCAAGUACGAUCGCAAGGUCAUGCAGCAGACCAACCAGGGCUUUCUGGACCUCCUGAAUCUCCUCAUCGAGCAGACCACCCGUAACCUGACCAAGGUGGAGCGUACCAAGUUUGAGACCCUCAUCACCAUCCACGUCCACCAGAGAGACAUCUUUGAUGAUCUUGUACGGAUGCACAUUAAGUCUCCCACCGACUUUGAGUGGCUGAAGCAGACGCGCUUCUACUUCAACGAAGACAACGACAAGAUGCUGGUGUCCAUCACGGACGUAGACUUUCUGUAUCAGAAUGAGUUCUUAGGAUGCACGGAGCGACUCGUCAUUACGCCCCUCACUGACAGAUGCUACAUCACCCUUGCGCAGGCCUUGGGCAUGAGCAUGGGUGGUGCCCCAGCCGGGCCAGCCGGCACCGGCAAGACGGAGACCACCAAGGACAUGGGCCGAGCCCUUGGCAAAUAUGUGGUUGUCUUCAACUGCUCAGACCAGAUGGACUACCGCGGGCUGGGCCGCAUCUACAAAGGCCUGGCCCAGUCGGGCAGCUGGGGUUGCUUUGAUGAGUUCAACCGGAUUGACCUGCCUGUGCUGUCGGUGGCUGCGCAGCAGAUCGCGAUUGUCCUUACGGCGAAGAAGGAACGCAAGAAGCAGUUUAUAUUCACCGACGGUGACAAUGUCGAUCUGAAUCCAGAGUUUGGGCUCUUCCUCACAAUGAAUCCGGGCUACGCUGGUCGGCAGGAGUUGCCCGAGAACCUGAAAAUCAACUUCCGUACAGUGGCCAUGAUGGUGCCGGACAGGCAGAUCAUCAUCCGCGUCAAGCUAGCCAGCUGCGGCUUUAUGGAAAACAUCAUCCUGGCUCGCAAGUUCUACACCCUCUACAAGCUGUGCGAGGAACAGCUGACAAAACAGGUGCAUUAUGACUUUGGUCUGCGCAACAUCCUGUCUGUCCUACGUACCCUUGGUGCUGCCAAGAGAGCCAACCCCACCGACAGUGAGUCAACCAUCGUCAUGCGUGUACUCAGGGACAUGAACUUGUCCAAACUGGUGGAUGAGGAUGAACCUCUUUUCCUCUCCCUCAUCAAUGAUCUCUUCCCGGGGAUCACCUUGGACAAAGCCGGCUACCCUGAGCUUGAGACAGCCAUUAGCCUCAGAGUGGAGGAGGCGGGGCUUGUGAACCAUCCCCCCUGGUGUCUCAAACUUAUUCAGUUGUUUGAGACCCAGCGAGUUCGUCAUGGCAUGAUGGCCCUUGGCCCGUCUGGGGCAGGCAAGACAUGCUGCAUCCACAUCUUGAUGAAGGCCAUGACAGACUGCGGGGAACCUCACCGGGAGAUGCGUAUGAACCCCAAGGCCAUAACCGCCCCGCAGAUGUUUGGCCGGCUGGACGUGGCCACUAAUGACUGGACGGAUGGUAUCUUCUCCACGCUGUGGCGCCGCACCCUCCGGGCCAAGAAAGGUGAGCAUGUCUGGCUUGUUUUGGACGGCCCUGUGGACGCUAUCUGGAUCGAGAACCUCAACUCUGUCCUGGACGACAACAAGACCCUGACUCUGGCCAACGGUGAUCGCAUCCCCAUGGCGCCCAACUGUAAGAUUGUCUUUGAGCCUCACAAUAUCGACAACGCCUCGCCUGCCACCGUCUCCCGCAACGGCAUGGUGUAUAUGAGCUCCUCCGGUCUGAACUGGAAACCCAUCUUGGAUGGCUGGCUGAUGAAGCGUAACUUACAGGAGGCGGAGACGAUCCGCAACCUCUUUGAGAACUCCUUCCCCCACAUCUACACCUUUGCCCUGCAGAACCUCACCUUCAAGAUGGACAUCCUGGAGUGCAUGGUCAUUGCCCAGGCUAUCACCCUUCUCCAGGGGCUGAUCCCCAACAAAGAUGACAAAGAAGGAGGGGGCUGCUCCUCGGAUCACCUUGAGAAGCUGUACGUCUUCGUCGUCAUGUGGAGCGUAGGUGCCCUGCUGGAGCUGGAAGACCGCGCUAAGCUGCAAGAGUUCAUCACCAACCACGAGGAGUUUACUCUCAACCUGCCUCCUCUCAAGCCCGGAUCAGACGAGACCAUCUUUGAUUACUUGAUCGAUAACGAAGGGAACUGGCAGCAUUGGAAUACCAGAGUAGAGGAUUGGGUCUACCCAUCAGACUCCACCCCAGAGUACGGCUCCAUCCUCGUACCCAACGUGGACAACGUGCGCACAGACUUCCUGAUCCACACAGUGGCCAAGCAGAGCAAGGCUGUGUUGCUGAUAGGUGAGCAGGGCACGGCUAAGACCGUCAUGAUCAAAGGCUACAUGUCCAAGUACAACCCUGAGCAGCACAUGAGCAAGAGCUUCAACUUCUCCUCAGCUACCUCCCCGCUCAUGUUCCAGCGUACCAUUGAGAGCUAUGUGGACAAGCGUAUGGGGAACACCUUCGGUCCUCCUGCGGGCAAGAAGAUGACUGUGUUUGUGGAUGACAUCAACAUGCCCAUCAUUAACGAAUGGGGAGAUCAGAUCACCAAUGAGAUCGUUCGUCAGAUGAUGGAGUUUGGCGGUUUCUACAACCUGGAAAAGCCGGGUGACUUCACCAUCAUCGCCGACAUCCAGAUGAUGGCGGCCAUGAUCCAGCCGGGCGGCGGGCGGAACGACAUCCCCCAACGCCUCAAGAGGGAGUUCUCCAUCUUCAACUGCACUUUGCCGUCCAAUUCCUCCAUUGACAAGAUCUUUGGUGUUAUUGGUUCCGGCCAUUACUGUGCUCAGCGUGAAUUCACGGAGGAAGUCAGGGAACUAGCCAAAUCACUGGUCCCCAUCACUCGCCGGUUGUGGCAGCUAACAAAGAUCAAGAUGUUGCCUACACCUGCCAAGUUCCACUACGUUUUCAACCUGCGUGAUCUGUCUCGCAUCUGGCAGGGGAUGAUCAACACCUUAGCAGAGGUCGUGACCUCUCAAGACGUCCUCAUGUGGCUCUGGAAACAUGAGUGUAUGCGCGUCAUUGCCGAUCGCUUCACCAACCCGCAGGACACUGAAUGGUUCCAGAAGACAAUGUCCAGGGUGAUAGGAGAGGAGCUUGGGGAGCAGCUACAGAGCUAUGUGGAGCCCAACCGCUACUUUGUGGACUUCAUGAGGGAUGCCGCAGAGGCAACGGGUGAUGAGCCAGAUGACGCCGACUUUGACAUGCCCAAGAUCUACGAGCCGGUGGAGUCCUUUGAAGUCUUAGAGGAGCGUCUGCAGAUGUUCAUGGGACAGUACAACGAGAGCAUCCGGGGGGCCAAUAUGGAUCUGGUGUUCUUCAAGGAUGCCAUGAUUCAUCUUGUCAAGAUUUCCAGGGUGAUUCGUACCCCCCGAGGUAACUCUCUCCUUGUCGGCGUGGGUGGUUCUGGUAAACAGAGCCUGACCAAGAUAGCCUCCUUCAUAGCCGGUUACAAGACCUUCCAGAUAACCCUGACGAGAUCAUACAACCAGUCCAACCUCAUGGAAGACUUGAAGGUUCUGUACCGAACUGCUGGUCAGCAAGGCAAGGGAAUUACCUUCAUCUUCACAGACAAUGAGAUCAAAGAGGAAAGUUUCCUGGAGUAUCUCAACAAUGUCCUGUCCUCAGGAGAGGUGUCCAACCUCUUUGCCCGUGACGAGAUCGAUGAAAUCCAACAAGAGUUGAUCCCCAUCAUGAAGAAGGAAUACCCUCGCCGACCACCAACCACCGAGAACCUGUAUGAUUACUUCAUCACUCGCUCCAGGCAGAACCUCCACGUUGUUCUCUGCUUCUCACCUGUUGGAGAGAAAUUCCGGAACCGUGCUUUGAAGUUCCCAGGUCUUAUCUCGGGCUGUACCAUUGACUGGUUCAGCCGUUGGCCCAAGGAUGCCCUGAUCGCCGUGGCUGAUCACUUCCUGGCGUCCUUCGACAUCUCGUGCACCGAUCCCGUCAAAAAGCAGCUGGUGCAGGCCAUGGGGUCCAUCCAGGAUGGUGUAGCCGAGUCCUGUGUGGAGUACUUUGAGAGAUUCCGUCGAGCGACCCACGUGACCCCCAAGUCCUACCUGUCCUUCAUUGCCGGCUACAAGGACAUCUACUCCCUGAAGUUUGGCGAGAUUAAUGAGCUGUCCAACCGGAUGACCACUGGGCUGGACAAGCUGGUGGAAGCAUCUCAGUCAGUGGCUGAGCUGAGCAAAGAGCUGGCCGUCAAAGAGAAGGAGCUGGCCGUCGCUUCCAAAGAAGCAGAAGCGGUUUUGUCGGCUGUGACUCAGAAGGCGCAGGCUGCUGAAAAGGUCAAGGCCCAGGUGCAAAAGGUCAAGGACAAAGCCCAGGCUAUUGUGGAUGAGAUCAAUGCAGACAAGGCAGUAGCCUUGACUAAGCUGGAGGCCGCCAAGCCGGCCCUGGAGGAAGCAGAGGCGGCACUCAACACCAUCAAGCCGGCCGACAUCGCCACCGUCCGUAAGCUGGGCAAGCCGCCCUCGCUCAUCCAGCGCAUCAUGGACUGUGUGCUGCUUCUCUUCCAGGUCAAACUGGAACCCACGUCGCUUGACCCUGACAGGCCCAGCCCAAAGGCUUCCUGGAGUCACUCACUCAAGCUGAUGGGUGGGUCAGGAUUCUUAGGUAAUCUCCUGAAGUUUCCAAAGGACACCAUCAAUGAGGAGACUGUGGAACUAUUGGCACCGUACCUGGAUUCCGAGGAUUACAACCUGGAAACUGCCAAAAAGGUGUGCGGAAAUGUUGCCGGUUUGUGCUCCUGGACCAAAGCCAUGGCGUUCUUCUACGGCAUCAAUAAGGAAGUGCUUCCGCUCAAGGCCAAUCUGGCUGUCCAAGAGGCUCGCCUGGAGGUGGCCAAUAAGGACCUGGCAAAGGCCCAGGCCCAACUGGACGAGAAGCAGAAAGAGCUGGACGCAGCCCAGGCGGAGUACGAUGCUGCCAUGAAGAAGAAACAGGACCUUCUGGAUGAUGCAGAGACGUGCCGACGGAAGAUGAACUCUGCCUCAGCUCUGAUCAACGGCCUGGGCGGUGAGAAGGAACGGUGGACGCAGCAAAACAAGGAAUUCAAAGCGGCCAUUGGAAGGUUGGUUGGGGAUGUCUUGCUGGCCACUGGCUUUCUGUCCUACGAGGGACCGUUCAACCAGGAGUUCCGCACCCGUCUGCUGAUGGACUGGAAGAAGGAGCUGAAGUCACGCAAGAUCCCCUACAGCACCAACAUCAACCUGAUUGAGAUGCUUGUUGACAAUCCUACUAUAUCCGAGUGGAAUAUGCAGGGUCUACCCAAUGACGAGCUAUCCAUCCAGAACGGUAUCAUCGUGACCAAGGCUGCUCGAUUCCCCUUGCUGAUUGACCCCCAGGGGCAGGGCAAGAUUUGGAUCAAGAACCGAGAGGCAAAGAAUGAAAUGCAGCUGACUUCCUUGAACCACAAGUACUUCCGGACCCAUCUGGAGGAUUCCCUGUCUCUCGGCCGACCACUGAUGAUCGAGGAUAUCGGGGAGGAGCUGGACCCUGCCUUGGAUAAUGUCCUGGAGAAGAAUUUCAUCAAGAGCGGCAGCACCUACAAGGUCAAAGUGGGCGACAAAGAGGUAGACGUGAUGGACGGUUUCCGUCUGUACAUCACUACCAAGCUUCCCAAUCCUGCCUACACCCCGGAGGUCAGUGCCAAGACGUCUAUCAUUGACUUCACUGUGACCAUGAAGGGCCUGGAGGAUCAGCUGCUAGGCCGGGUCAUCCUGACAGAGAAGAACGAACUGGAGGCAGAAAGGACUAAGUUGGUGGAAGAUGUUACCAGUAACAAGCGUAAGAUGAAGGAGCUUGAGGACAAUCUCCUGUAUCGCCUGACCAGCACCCAGGGAUCUCUGGUGGACGACGAGUCCUUGAUCAGUGUCUUGUCCAACACCAAGACCACUGCCGAGGAAGUCAGCCAGAAGCUGCAGGUGGCUGCAGAGACGGAAGUCAAGAUCAACACAGCCAGAGAGGAGUUUAGACCAGUGGCCAACAGAGGCAGUAUUCUGUACUUCUUGAUCUGCGAAAUGAGCAUGGUAAACGUCAUGUACCAGACUUCCUUGAAGCAGUUCCUGGGUCUGUUUGACAUGUCCAUGGCAAACUCAACAAAGAGCCCCAUCACAAGCAAGCGGAUUGCCAACAUCAUUGAUUACAUGACCUUCGCAGUGUUUAAGUAUGCAGCGAGGGGCUUGUAUGAAAAAGACAAGUUGAUGUUCACGAUUUUGCUGACCCUCAAAGUUGACAUGGUCAGCGGAAAAGUCAAACAUGACGAGUUCAACACACUCAUCAAAGGUGGAGCUUCCCUGGACCUGAAGGCUUGCCCUCCCAAACCCAGCAAGUGGAUUCUAGAUAUCACCUGGCUGAAUCUGGUGGAACUGAGCAAACUCAAACAUUUCAGUGACAUUCUGAACCAGGUUGGCCGUAAUGAGAAGCAAUGGAAGCAUUGGUUUGACAAGGAGGCUCCCGAGGAUGAGACCAUCCCAGACGGCUACCAGAAUUCCCUGGACGUCUUUAGGAGACUGCUACUGGUGCGAUCUUGGUGUCCUGACAGGACACUGUCACAGGCUAGGAAGUAUAUUGUGGACUCCUUAGGUGAAAGGUAUGCCGAGGGAGUCAUCUUGGAUUUGGAGACAACUUGGGAGGAGUCGGACAUCCGCAUCCCUCUCAUCUGCUUCUUGUCCAUGGGCAGUGACCCGACCAACAUGAUUGAGUCGCUAGCCAAGAAGAAAAAGAUUGAGUGCCGUGCCAUCUCCAUGGGGCAAGGCCAGGAAGUGCACGCCCGGCGCCUGAUGAGCCAGUCACAGGCUGGUGGUGGUUGGGUGCUGCUGCAGAACUGCCACUUGUCGCUGUCCUUCCUGGGUGAGGUCAUGGACACGGUGGUGGAGACAGAAAACGUGCACGACACCUUCCGGCUCUGGAUGACCACGGAGGUCCAUCCCAGCUUCCCCAUCAGCCUGCUGCAGAUGUGUAUCAAGUUCACCAAUGAGCCUCCUCAGGGUGUGAAGGCCGGAUUAAAACGAACCUAUGCCGGCAUUAGCCAGGACCAGCUGGAUGUCUCCAACAUGCCACAGUGGAAGCCCAUGUUGUAUGCUACCGCUGUACUUCACACAGUGGUGCAGGAGAGACGGAAGUUUGGUCCUCUAGGUUGGAACAUCCCUUACGAGUUCAACUCAGCCGAUUUCACUGCCACUGUCCAGUUCAUGCAGAACCACCUGGAUGACAUGGACAUUAAGAAGGGUGUGUCAUGGUUGACUGUGCGCUACAUGAUUGGAGAGAUCCAGUAUGGAGGUCGUGUAACCGAUGAUUUCGACAAGCGUCUCCUGAACACCUUUGCGAGGGUUUGGUUCAGCGAGCAGAUGUUCACCACCAGCUUCUGUUUCUACAAGGGUUAUCAAAUUCCUAAGGGCACGCAGGUCCAGCAUUAUGUUGACUACAUCAACAGCUUGCCCAACACAGACACUCCCGAAGUCUUUGGGCUUCAUCCUAAUGCUGACAUCACGUAUCAGAGUAACACGGCUAGGGAGGUCCUCAGCACCAUCCUCAGCAUCCAACCCAAGGACAGCGGAGGAAGCGGAGGGGAGACCAGAGAGGUGGUGGUGCAGAGAAUGGCUGACGACAUGUUGGAGAAGCUACCUCAGGAUUACAUUCCAUUUGAGGUCAGAGAGCGGAUUCAGAAGAUGGGAGCCUUGCAGCCGAUGAACAUCUUCCUGAAGCAGGAGAUAGAUCGUAUGCAGCGUGUUAUUACGCUGGUCAGGAACACGCUGACGGACUUGAAGCUGGCUAUUGAUGGCACCAUCAUCAUGAAUGAAAACCUACGAGAUGCUCUGGACUGCAUGUACGAUGCUCGCAUCCCGCAAUCCUGGAAGAAGAUCUCUUGGGCAUCGUCCACACUCGGCUUCUGGUUUUCAGAGUUGAUCGAGCGUGACAGCCAGUUCCGCAGCUGGUGCUUCGAUGGUCGGCCCAACACAUUCUGGAUGACUGGCUUCUUCAAUCCUCAGGGAUUCUUGACAGCGAUGAGACAGGAAGUUACCCGCGCCCACAAAGGCUGGGCCUUGGACAGCGUCAUCCUGCACAAUGAUGUCACCCGGUUCUUCAAGGAUGACAUCAGCCAGUCCCCGGCAGAGGGUGUCUACGUCAGUGGCCUCUUCCUGGAAGGUGCUUCCUGGGAUCGCCGUGGCAUCCGCCUCAUCGAGCCCAAACCGAAAGUCCUCUUUGAGCCUCUGCCAGUCAUACACAUCUACGCUAUUAACAGUACAGGAGGAAAGGACCCCAGGAUGUACGAGUGUCCCAUCUACAAGAAACCUGUGAGGACGGACUUAACAUUCAUCGCAACCGUUGACCUCAAGACAACCCAGAAUCCUGAUCACUGGAUUCUGCGUGGUGUGGCAUUACUCUGUGACAUCAAGUAGAGCCCUCUUGUGUCAGGUGCUUUUUUGGGAGUAGUUAACAUUUUGUGCUUUGAGGUAAAAUGCAAAGGGGACAAAAUGUUAACUUCCUCCAAAAAGCCCAAGCCAUUUUUAUCAUUUCAUAUGCCUGGAGCACUUUUAAUGCACUGUGUCUGCCAUGUUACCACUGAAACAUUUCAAAGCAAUGAUUUACAUUAUUUUUCUUUCAAACAUUGCAUUUUUUUAGAGUCAAGCAUCACAGUCAUUGUUAACAGAAAAUUUAGUAGUUUGCCAAGACCUGCUGGAAAGCUUAGCAUUGGCAUUUUUUAGACAGAGCUGCCAAACCAGGACACUAUCUCGUUUUGGUCAACCAUUGAACACAAAAGAUCUUAUCCAAAUGGAAUUACGCCUGAACAAAAUAGCUUCCAUACCUCAACAAGGCUAAUUCUGCUUCACUGCAUGCACAUCUUCAUAACGAAAAAGAGUCUUGCUUGCUCACUUAAUCAAUCCAUUUCUUUCAAUAACUUAACAUUUUACUAGCUUUAAAUGCAGUUCGAGCAGAGUGAAAUUAGUUUUAUGAAUUUUUCUCAUCGUCUGAAUUUUGAAUAUGAGGAAGUUGCUAAAUAUUUCUGACAUAGUAAAAGUCUUGUCAUAGUAAUAUGUAUUGUAAUUGUAUAUAUUUAGAAAUCUAGAACUUGACAAUGCACCCCACUACCUAAGCAUUUCUUGUUCUUUAGGUGUACAAGCUUUCUAUUUUUCUAUAUUUUUAUGAUCAAAAUCAACCAACGUAACAUUCCACUUUGUGUGAAUAAAUGUAAACUGAAAAGAAGUAAUUUGAGAUUUUUGAAAUUAAUGGAAUAAAUCCGUCCAUUCUUCUGCACUGUCAUUUCUGAGCCACGUAGUUUGACACGGUAUCAUACCAUUGUUUUUCACUGCAUUUCUAUUAACUGUACAUGCUUAAAUUAGUUAUAACCAAACUCUUUCAAGCAAAGAAGCAAAGAAAUAUAAGUGUCCUACUUAUAGUUUAAGUCAACUUUAACGAGCCCGUUCGGUAUUUCAAAAAGCCAAGGUCUUUUGGGGACAAAGCACCCUUGUGAGUCAGCAUAAUGCUGGUACAACAGACUAUCAUGUGCGCGUGUAACUGUUCCCAAACAACCUCAUAUGUACUGGGCAUGUGCUGUUGGAAUACCAAUCUGGUUCGUUCCCAGUCAUGUAAGCUGCCAACUGUUUUAUCACUUGAUUCCGUCCCAUAUUCAUAUCACAUACAUGUACCAUGGUUACACAGUCCCACGCACACUGCACUAUACCAGCUCAUAUUCACCACAACGGACAUCCCGUUUCUUUUUUUUUACCGGUUCAUAUGGCAGCUUCAGAAUGGAAACUGGCCAUUAUGGUUUGAAUGACUCAAUUCAAACCAAGUUUUCUUUGUGAAGCUGAAGAUGAACCGGUGAAAGAAGAGAGAAAAUUCGGAGAGGGACUGCGGGACGUUGCAAGUCAAAGCUAUACAUGCAGAACAUACACAAGUGACCAGACUACAGAUAACAAAUGAUCUAAAUACCUGCAGGUGUAGGUUUGAAGCUGCAGCUUUUGAGGACAAAAUGGACUAAAGUUUUGUAACUUGAAUUCUGCAAGGGAAUGGUUGUAAAUUGACAUACUUGUGGAUCCUUAAUUCACUUUAUUUUUAGCUGUUUUGGCGAAACAGCUCUUGGCUUUGUUCAAGUUUUUUUUCUUUUAAAUUUUUUGUCUUUUGUUAUAAAGUGCCUGGGGAAAUUGGACAGAUGACAAAUUUCAAAGCUUUAACAUUUCUAGGUAAAAUAUAAGAGGUGCUGGGCAUUGGGGAUCAAAAGUGUAUUAGUAGUUCAGAUCAGUUGUUACUGGAGGCUUUGAAGAGUUUUGUGAUCAAGGAAAAUGAUAUAACACACCUUCACAUUGAUUAAUAAUCUGACUGAAUUCACAUUAUGACUGUACUGAAUUACAGUUUCAAUGAAGCACCUAAUUGUGGGCUCUAAUUAAAUAUAUGUAAUUAUGUUGUGCAUUGUCGUAAUGUGGUUUUUGUGUGUGCUGUGAAAAUUAAUAGCUGAACUGAAAACAAAGUGCUUUAUUUUUGAACAAAAGUAACUUAAUUCUAUGCACUGAGAUUGCUUAGAUGAUAAGGUAUACAUGUAGAUAGUUAUUUCAAAAAUAAAGGCACUGUUGAAAAAUCCACUGUCUUUCUUUACCGAAAAUACUUGUAGAAAUAAAUAGAUCUGAAUGAAGCUCCUUAUGCAAAUGUUUCAAGUCUAAACCUUAUUUCUUUUUUUUUGAAUUUAGAAUGAAAUCAUGCUAUUCUUCAAUCAGUAGUUUCUCAUGUUAUUUGUGCAAGUUUUAUAUCAAAAUCUGUCGAAGAUAUACAGGUGCUUUAGAAAAUGUAGGGUGUUGUGUUACACGAGAAAAAAUUGCCGUGGACAUAAAUAUAGAACCAGUGUUUACAAAGUUUUUUCUUGCCUAGUGAACUUAUGUAUUGUUUCUUCUCUCCAUACCAACUCCUUAAAGCAUCCUUAGCAGUGAAAUUCAAUGUCAGUUUCACUCCAUCAUUUCAAGGAUUUGGCCCAAGGAGUUUUUAAAACUCUCGUUUAAGGGAUGACUCUGUACGUACUGUGUGUGAAAUUAUACGCUAGCACUCUGCAGUGUUUGUUGAAUUCAAUAAAUUUUGUGAUUUGAUACAAAACAAACUGUC